GUGUCACACAGUGCUUCUCCUCAGACGCCAAUCUACUGCGCUUUCUACUCAACCGUUUAGCUGCUAAAGAGUGUGGUAAAAUCCGCAGAACAUUUGCUGCCGCUGUUGCUAAAAAUAUUCAGAUGUUAUUGUCAUCUGGGUGUUCUGCUGGCUCCAUCUUGCUUGAAAUUUAAUGAGUGGUCGUGGCUCUGCUCUGAAUGUCGGACGGUGGCCUGAAGAGCGCGCGGCGCGGCGGAUCCCGUCAGGGUAUUGCGCGCCCGUUGUCGGAGCUAACGGCGCAAAGCGCGCGGGAUCAACGAAAUGAUGACGCCUGCUCUGUGAACAGGAGCUCAGAUAUCUUAGAGGAUGCGACAACGACAAUCUACGCAGAGUCUGAUACAACUAGUGUACCAAGCAGACAUUGUCGUUCAGAGAGCUUUAUCUCUGGCAGCUUACUGAGAUUGUCCUACGAAACCAUGAGCCAGCAUCAUAAGGAGAACAAAUGGCCGGAGCUUUUGAAGCGGCUGUGUGCACAUAUGAGCCCUGAUCCAGAAACUGCUGAUAAACGGUAUCAAGUGGCUCAAAAGCUGCUUAAAGGAAGAAAAUCGACGGGAUUUGACAAUACAUACAUAGAUGAAAACCUCUACAUCGAGAAGAUCAGAGAGCAUUUGCGUAGGUCGAAGAAUUCGGGGGCUGCGGACAAAUUCCUUACUCUAAGCGGCCGUCUGUCGCUGCUAAGUAGUUCCAAAAAGGACUAUAUUUUCUAUCGAACGGCACUGUAUUCGUUUCUAUUGGCACUAGGAAGUGGUAUUGAUGAUACGAGUGCUUCUUUUGUUGUUCCUGCAGCAGCUCAGACUGAAAAACUCAACGAGCUACUUAAUCGGCGUAGAGUUUCCCGCCCAGUGAGUCGCCCCCUCUCAACACCGUGUGCUCUGCCAUAUCGCAAUGGUCAGCAAAAUGUGUCCGUUGCACCACUAUUGGAUGACGGCCAACGCGACAAAAGCGUCAUUCGAAAUAUUCUUAAUCUACUCGUUGCUCGAGGACCUGAACAGAUUCUCAAGAUGAAGGAAGAAGCAUGCCGCGAAGCGACAGGUUUUCAGUAUUACAGUGAGUUGCAUUGCCGAAUUGCUGCGGCGGAAGAGGUCGCAAACAAUCUGGUUCAACUAACACAGUUUCAGCUACAUUCUGCCAAGAGUAGAUCAUUAGUUGUGCAGCGGCUUGCUGAAGCUCUCGAUAAUCAAAUCAUACGACACAAACAUCUGGUGGCCCUCCUCGAGCAAAUGAAUACUCAGGGUAAGUUGAGCCUGGCUCGUCUCGACUACCUCUGCCUCCAACCAGAUAAUCUGAUUUAUCUUCUUUCGGAUGUGUGUAACUCAUUCAUCCAGAGAGCGAAUAUUCUCAGUGGAAACCAAGUGUUAGACGCCUUAUAUGUACAGGCGGCAUGUUCGCCCCAAGCAAGUUCGCAAUAUGAAAUAGCCAACGCCUUGUUACGGCACUGUCUACAGCCCUGGCUGGCAAUGCUGCGAGCAUGGAUGCUACGGGGCCAGCUAGCAAACACGAAGUGGGACCUCUUCGUACAUGACGUCGGACGGGACGGCGUAUCGAAUCUGUGGUACGAUAAGUUCACAAUUCAGAAAGACCACGUUCCUGCAUUUCUGAAUGAAGAUGACACUCGAAAGAUUCUAUCCGUGGGUAAGGCGAUGGUAUUUUUAAAAGAGGCGGACGACGUUCACCGAGUGGCUGAAAUACAACGACAGCUUGCCCACGUUAUGGGUGUUGAGGAUAAGUCCAGUGCCGUAGAGUUCAGGACUGAAGCUGGCGAUGUGGAUCAGGAAUGCUCUGCUAAAAGAAUAGAACCUAAUAUGGAUCCGCGGGGGUUUCUGCGUUUUGCUUAUAAGCUAGCUAUGCAGCGAAUGAAGACCGUUAUACUUGAAAAAUUUCAUCUCAAGACCCACCUACUUCUCAUUCGUAAUGUUGUACUACUCUAUGACGGCGUUUUCAGUAAAGCCUUGCUAAGUAACCUCAGCGACGAACUAAGUGAAAGUUCUGGGGGAACGUUGACUGAGGUGGAACGAUCUGAAGUUAUUCGUAUGGUAUACCGUUUGCUACCUGAAUUGCCCGAGGUGGAAGCUUCCGCAUUUAUUGGUGUUCACUUUGAUGGAGGCUCUGGCGGCCCGAUCACCCUUGAAAGCUUUGGACUGAAGUACAAAUUACGGGAGCCUUUGUCAUACGUGCUCCAGAACAAGUCGUUCGUUUUCUAUAAUCGGAUCUUUGCGCAUCUGUUUCGAGUUCGAAAAUUUUCGUUUCUAUUUACCGAACUAAGCGCUGAGCUACAAAUGGUUCGACCAAAGACCAACCAGGAAUCCAACGUUUUAAGUCAGUGCCGUUUGUUGCUGCACGAAGUCAUGAAUUUCGUUCUCAACUUGGAGUCAUACCAGUUCGCUCAUGUCGUGACGACUGCUUGGGGCGAACUUGAACGACGGAUCGAUGCAAUGACAUCAGUGGACGAUCUCAGUGACGCACACAAUGCGUUUGUCGAAAACCUUCUCAGAGGUCUUUUUUUGGAAGGAGAAGAUACGGCAGGAAAUCACCUUAGGUCCCUAUUCAUACAAAUGGACAAGAUCCAUAGCUUUGUUCGAGGAGUACUUGUCAAAUUUCAAGUAGGCUCAGGCGGACAAUGUGACAUUAAAUGCGAUUACAUCAACAGAUAUAGAAAUACAAUGCUUGAGUUUCUGCGUAUCCUGAGUGAGCACGAGGAUGAUAAAAUGGUGCAAUUUCUAUGGAUGAACUUUGACUUCAAUCUGUUCUAUUCGGACAAACAUUACGCGCUGAUUAUGUCGGUUACCGCAGGUCACCGCAAAAUGCUCAAGACAAAUAAGAGUGUUAUCAUGAGCUCGAUGAGCGCGAGCGAUAUUGGAAAAGCUGUAUGAGCCGAAUAGGAUCGUUUAGUGAACUCUCCUUCUCUGUUCAGCGAAAAUUCAUCUUUGUUGACGUCCAGAAUUAUUAUUUUUCAUCACCAUAAAUAUUGUUGUCAAGAACCUGCUUGGAAUAGCCAUUUAUGGAAUGGCAUUCUCAAUACAAAGUGUUAUAAGAUCAACGUAAUCACAAAUGGUCGCUUACAUUUUUAAUUAUGCACAGAAGUUAUUCCAUAUGAGAUAAAAAUACUUGUUUGAAACUUUUGGCGGGAGAUCCCUUUCGUAGCCCAUGAGGAGUACGGACUGGAAAAUAACUGCCGCCCGCGAGGACUGAGGGGUAACUAUCAGAUGACAGAUUGGUGAAUAAGCUUAUCAAAACGUACAGGAAAAAUACCAGAGAAGUAUGAAAACAUAGUUCGAAUCUAGUUUGACAUAAUUCAUAGGUUGCCAUUAAUUGUUUCGACAAUACGAAAUAAGCAUUCACUGGUAAUUGCAUGAAUAGUGAUAAGCAGCAGACAUAUCUUAACAUGUAAAAAUUUGCUUUGUUUAUCAUUCGAUUAUGAUAACGUUUCGGCUUAUUGCACAUCUUUACGUGAUUUGUUUGGUUGUAUAAAUUUGCUAUUAUUUUUUAUAUCAAUAUGAUUAUGGCGAAUAAAUGAGUAUAUGUGAAUACACUGCUCUGCGGUUUUCUUCACUAGAAGAUGUUCAGCACAAAUGGCGUUCGUCAUGACGACGACUAUCAAUUUAGAUCAGCAAUACAUAGAUGUGAGAUGUGGCGUAAUUUACCUUGCUAGUGUACACAUACACCUUAAUAAAAAUGAAAGUAUAUAAAAUAU